AUGAUCUCAUGUGUAUCCGACGCUUGCCUCGACGCGAAUACUUUGCGUGUUACCGACUUUUCUUUGGAAUCCUUUGUCAGGCCUCCUCGUCAAGUUCUCAAGUUUGAAGUACAGGCUAAGGCAUACGACCAGGAUUCGCAGUCAGCAGGUGAUUGCGACGCUACUACGAAAGUUCAAGCUACAUUAUUCAUUCUGGUGAACAAGGCCCUCAACAAGGAUUCGAACAGAGUUGAAGCUGCCAUCAAAGAAGCUGCCAUCAAAGCCACUGAGGGCAAUGGUUUUGUUUGUGAAGCGACACUCCGACGAAUUGCUUCUCAGAUCCUCAUCAAUGGCCUCUGA